UGUUGACCUGUGAACCCGGAAGUAAAACAUUAGCUCCGCCCCACACAUGUGUUAUUCAACACGUAUGUGAACUUUGUAGUUGGAAGGAAAACUGUUGGAUUUAAUCGGUGAUUCAUUUGAUGAAAUAUUAGUUUAGCAAUUUGGCAACAUGUCUAAUGUAUAGGAAAACGUGGGUCGUUUUUGCUUGUAAUUUUAGACUUUUCUAAGCCGAUUUCUGGUUUGUUUCCCACGAAGAUUUCAUAACUCGGAUCCGAUACGUUGCGAGUCUGUUUUCCAUAUGUUACGUCAAGGAGGUUAAACGGUCCUUGGUUUAAGGCGGUACGUGCUGUCGGACUCGUGAACUUCACAGCGUCUGAAACUUCCUGAGUUUUAAGAUGACGUCUGUGGCCGUGAUUGGAGGUGGGAUCUCAGGACUGUCGGCUGCCUACUACCUCAGUAAGGCUCCACACCUGGUCAACAAGGUUGUUCUCCUUGAGGGAAGUUCCCGCCUGGGUGGCUGGCUCCAGUCCACCAGGACAGAAGAAGGAGCGAUAUUCGAACACGGCCCUCGCAGUCUCCGGGUGGCGGGAGAACCGGGGGCAAACAUCCUUGGGAUGGCGGAUGACCUUGGGUUGACAGACCAGAUCCUGCCCGUCCUUCCGAGCCACGAGGGAGCGAAGAACCGUUUCAUCUACGCUGGCGGGAAACUUCACAAACUGCCCAGCAACUUCAGAGGUCUGUUCCGGAGGUACGAGCUGUUUGCUAACCAGUCUCCUGCCCUGAUGGGACUGAGGGAGCCAUUUGUGAAGGGGAGGCAGGAGGAGGGGGAUGAGAGUGUGCACAGCUUCUUCUGUAGGAGGCUGGGGAAACAGUUUACAGACAAUGCCAUUGACCCGAUGGUCCGUGGGAUCUACGGCGGCGACUGUCGGCAGCUGAGCGUCCAGGCGCUGUUUCCCAGCAUACAACAGGCAGAGAGGCGGAAGGGGUCCAUCACAAGAGGGCUGCUGUUUGGGCCGAAGAAAAAAGAAUCACCCCUUAAGGUAGACAGUGAGCUCCUUAAGAAGGCAAGGCAGGAGAGAUGGGCCCUGUGGUCGCUGAAGGACGGUCUUGAGGCACUGUCUAACUCCUUACAGGAAUACCUGAUGAAAAGUGGGGUGGAACUUCUUACAGACAGGAGGGUGGAGACGCUGGAGUUUGACACAACCAACCAGGUGGUACAGGUGAACACCCUUGAUGAACAGCUGCAGGUGAACCAUGUCAUAUCUGCAGUGCCAAGUCAAUGUUUGUCUCAGAUGUUUGCUGGUAAUCAUCCCAUUCUAUCUGAAAACCUGAGCGUGAAUCCGUCCGCCACGAUCGGCUUGGUCAACCUGGAGUUCUCAGGAUCUGUGCUGCCCUCUGAGGGAUUUGGUUACCUGGUGCCAUCAGGACAGCCAGAGAGGAUUCUGGGAGCUGUGUUUGACUCCUCCAUCUUCCCACAGCACAACCGUCCCAACAGCGCCACCACGAGGCUUACGGUGAUGAUGGGAGGUACCUGGUUUUGUGAGCAGUUCGGCGACCCUAACGAGGUCGACACAUCCCUUCUCCUGGACGUUGCCUUGGAAACCAUGAGCCGACACCUAAACAUCACGUCCAGCCCGCUGCGGUCUUUCACUACUAUUCAGAAGGAUUGUAUACCACAGUACACACUUGGACACACGGACAGAUUAGAACAAAUGGAGUCAUACAUAGCAGAGAAGAGACUACCGCUGAGCCUGGUCGGUUGCUCGUACCGAGGGGUUGGGGUGAACGACUGCGUACUUGAUGCCAGAAAAGCUGUUACAAACUUGUUGAAGACUCAUGAAAGAGACUGAGUAAAGAUUACAGAAAUCUCAAUUGACAAAACAAAAGUAUAGCAAUUUUUGUAAGAUCUUU